UGUGGUCUAAGCUUUCCUCCUCUCUCCGCUGACAGGGGUAAAUUUCAACGCGAUAGUUUCUCGUCGGUUACGUUGGCAGACCACGUCACCUGCGUUCUCCGCUGGCAACCGUAGGCGAACAGCCGGCGUGACGACAGCCACAGACUAUUAGCGGAGCAAAAGUUCGGUUCGGCUUAAGCUAAGCCGUUGACAUAACAGUGUCCGUUUCACAUCAUACGGUGUAAGGUCUACCAAAAGACCUGACAUUUUUUGGCAGAAGAAGAGACAGUCUAACACGGACGGAAAAUGUCAUCGGGUUCGGCCACCAAGAGCAAGAAACUCACGCGAGAGGAUGAGCUUCUUCAACAAUUUUCGAAUAAUGUAACAAGUAAAAAUUCGGCUCUUUUCUAUGGCAAUGCGAUCAUUGUCUCAGCUCUGCCUAUAUGGUUGUUCUGGCGUAUCCAGCAGUUGGAAAUUCUACCAAAUAUGAUUUUAUAUUGCGCUGUCACAGCUUUAGCCACGUAUUUGAUGGCUUUGGCUUAUGGAAAAGUACAGUUGGUUCUGAAGCACAAACUUGCUCAGAAGAGGGAACAGGCCAUCAAUCGUGAGGUGGCGCAGGAGAUUGGCGAUAGAAAGGUGUCUCGGGACGAACGUGACGAACGAGUUCUGUGCAAAAAAAACGAAGUGGCUCAGUACGAAGCGACAAACUUUUCAAUUUUCUACAACAACGCUCUCUUCCUCAGUCUUGUUGUGUUCUUCGGAUUCUAUCUGUUCCGCACAUAUCCUCCAGGUUUUAACUACAUCAUUUCGGUUGCUGGAUCGGCUGGAAUCGUCGCCUUUCUUUCUACUGGGAACAAAUAAGAGAAACAAGUUGUUUCUUUUAAAACUAACCAAAUUUGCGCGGUCCCUAUCGCUUAUUUCACAUGUCGACCUGCUUAGGCGAGCUCGACAAUGGCAUAUUUGAGAGCCGUUUGAAAGUGGUGCUGAAAGCAGCUGAAUAAUUGGUUAUCUUGGUAUUUUAGUAUAUUUCAAUCCACGUUAUCAGUCUGAGAUAUCAUAAAAUUAUAAUGCUCAAAUGGAGCAUGGCGUUACGUGCAUGGCCUCUGGUGACUGUGUUAUUUUUUCUGCAAAAAAAUAACCGAAACAAAAGCAAUUACAAUUAACAUAGACAUGAAGUAUACCCAGAAUGAGUAGAAGAAAAAAAUUCUGAAUGUGUAAAGACAUAACUGGUCAGGGCUGUGUAUCACCAAUAACGUGUUUUUAGUGCAAGAGAGACCGAGUAAUCGCUCGUAGUGCGGCGAGGUGUUAAAAUGUUAUGUUUAUGAUAUAAAGUGGGAGUGAAGUGGUACGUAUGAAAGCAUACAACGAAAGUCGAGAAUGAGUACAACAUAGGGCGAUCCACCAUCGUUGAAUGAAUACGCAUUAAAUAAUGGAAUUAAUUAUCGAACGUCAUGCUGAAUGUAACUGAAUGUAGUUGUAUUAUAAAUAAUCUUGAUUACUACUUCGAAAGGCGGCCAAAACAUGAUUAUUGAUUGAAUGGCAACAUUGAUGUGCUUGACACAUACAGUAAAUAUGUAGCGAUAGAAAAUUUAACGUUAACACACUCAUUUUGAUUAUAUAAACACACAAACGGGUUCAAAGAGUAAAAUGGGUUUGUACUACAACUUCGUUUGUAAAUAAAUCAAGAUGAAUGAAUAAAAGCAACA